UAUAUUCUGAAGGAAAACGAGUUUGAAUGUAUAGUUUAAACAGUGUGGCUUUUUAGAUUUUCUGCAUACCGUGCAUAGACAGCGACUAUUAAUAAUAAGUACUUAGUGUAAUAAACCUCUCUUGGUUUAAUAGGGAAGAAGCUCAGGCUAAUAUAGGCGAUACAUUUUGACGGGAAAGACAGAACGGAAACAGAGGUUGUGAAACUGACAAUGUUAUUGGAGGGGCUGGUCCGGUUUUCGUUUUUUGCCCGGGUGACUUAGUCUACUGUGAAUACUCAAAAUGAGUUAAUGUAAAUAGGCCGAUGCGAUUAUCUACACGAAUGGGAUGAGUUUUGCACGGCGAGGAAUGUUACCGUUGUGGUAUAGCCUACAUGAUCAGACAUCAGUGUGACUGUGCAGGCGGGCACUCUCACAAAAACCAGCCUGUCGUGACUCGUGUGUCCCUCUCUCCCCAGAGUGCAAUUCAGCCUACUUUUUUUCCAGAAGACUGUAUUACCGCAUGUAACGUAGGCUACAGCGUAGGCCUAUAGUUUAGGAACGGAGCUUUGCCCGGGCAAUUUGGAUCAAAUAACUUGCAAUCAGAGAUUAAACACACAACAAUAUCAAGCUGGUUCAAAAGUGUGCAGUGCGCUUUCAACAAGAAAUAAACAAUCUCAAGAUUCCUUCCUUCUCUGAAAAGACAAAAAAAUAUCUAAAAGUAGAGUAUUUAUUUAUUUAAUUUUUAUAAAUUAAAGAACAAUCUUUUUUUUUCUACCGUUGGAGUACACGCAAACACGUACUGGGAGCGGUGGAGCACACGCAUGCAAGAUAGCCUACGUGCUUUUUACCGUCCUUACUCCCAACGUGGGCACGAGCAGUGAGGAGACACCUCAACAGCGCCCGGGACCCCAGACCAAGCACGGAUUUUCCGUUAUUGGACCAGAUGCUAAUGAGUUAAUUGGAUAGGCUUAAAAGUCCAAUAGACACUCUUAUCCAGAGCGACUUACACGUGGCCAUGGAGAAGAGUUGUCUGGGUAAUAGCGAUGACGGGCUGACAUUCUGGUUGGCCGAGGAGAAGGACUAUGAUGACGUCAUGGGCAUUUCAGAUAACAUCUAUCAAGGUAAUGACUACCUUCCUCGUCGCUACCACUCCUGGAUGACUGAGCCAGGUAGAGUGGUCAUGUUGGCCAGGCGGGGAAACAAACUGGUGGCGCUGGAGUCGGGUCUGCUGGUUGACGAUGGCUGUACGGUGGUGGUGGAGGGCCUGAGGGUGUGUCCUAGCGAGAGGGGGCGGGGCGUGGCGGGGGUCAUCCAGCGGUUUCUAGACGACUAUCUACAGAAGCUUCACCCCUCCAUCCAGGUAAAGAGACUGACCAGAGGGGUCGAACCCGGGGAGCAGAGAUUGGCUAAGUUCACCCUGCUGGCUAAACGGGCUGUUCUAUCAUUGGUUGGUGAAACUGUCAAUUUCCACUCCUUUACAUUCUACCUCAAGAACAAGCUACACUCCAGCACAGGAACAGGAAGUGACUCGGGUAAGUCCGUCCCUCACCUGGUUCCCCUGGACGACAAGCAGCUGAGGAAGGUUCUCCUGGACCCAGACCUGCCCUCCAGGGUCCAACUCCCGGGCGGCGCCAUCAUCCAGGACUGGCAGCCCUUGCAGCCAAUAGAAGCCAACCUAGAGAUCCUGGGGAGGCGGGAUCUCUCCUGGUUGGUCGACGACCAGGAGAAACCCACCUUCCUCAGCUUCUACACCCCUCCUUAUCCAAUCCCGUACGAGGGAGGGUCCCUGCGCCUCAACAUCGACACGUUUGGGACGGACGCCAUCUUGGCGCGGGCGGCACUUGUCGGACAUUUUCAGAAAGUUUUGGCGAGCGGGGCGUUUAGUGGCAAUGGGAUGCUGAUGUUACGUGUGUACAUGGACUGCUCACUGUUGGAUGGGAUACAGAGUUUCUGUGAGGGCUUUGAAGGGGUGAGGAAGUUUAGAGGCUACUGGGAACAGGAGCUUCUGGAAAGACAGUUUUGAGGAGGGAGGGAGGGACUGCUCAGAGGCUGAGCGGUUAAGGAAUCGGGCUUUUAAUCAGAAGGUUGCCAGUUCCAUUCCCGGCCAUGCCAAAUGACGUUGUUUCCUUGGGCAAGGCACUUCACCCUACUUGCCUCGGGGGGGAAUGUCCCUGUACUUAUUGUAAGUCGUUCUGGAUAAGAGCGUCUGCUAAAUGACUUAAUGUAAUGAGGGAGGGGGAUGUUUAAAAAAAAAAGUUAUUUAGCUUUCAUCCAAAGAAAGGUAUAGCACAUGGGAGAUUUGAACCUUUUAUCAUUUGAUCUGCAAUUUUUACAAGUUUAAUAUCUUCCACUAGAUGGACCCAUUGUCCUCCAUGUAUCUGUUUCUGUCAUUUUUUGCUUUCAUUCCAAGGCAUUUUUGUCCUCUCUGUAUCAGAGCUUUCAUAUCUUAAUGUUUCUAUAUUUGUAGAGCUAUAUUAAAACUUUGAGUUUUAAGCACCA